AUGGAGCUUUCCACGAGAAGAAUCAACAGAUGAUCACUACUACAACUACCAGGAAGCUGCUUCUUUCUCCCGUUUCUCAAGAGAAGAAUCAGCAGAUGAUCGUUGUUGACACCACCAAAAAGCGGCUUCUUGCAUGGGGGAAGGAUUGUGGGAAAGGUAAUUGCUGUGCUCGUGCUAAUCUUGGAUUCCAAUGUAGCAAGUGUUGCGACGGAACCACCAGCAGGCCAUAUGUUAAGAAACCGAAUGGGAAAGAGAAGUUUUCAUCUGCUGAGAAAAUAAAAGAGUAGAGGUCGAUCGAGCAAAAGAAGAAACUAUGGCGACUGAAUAUUGAGGCCAGGGAUCAUUGGAUGGGGUUUCUUUCGAGGUUAUUAGCAUCAAGAAAGUAAUAAAGAGUAUGAACAAUCGUGAUUACAAAAUAAUUAUUCUAUACUUGAUGAGUCAAAAAGAAG